GGUGUCCUUGGGCUGGGGCUGGCGGAAGAGGGGAGCGCCUGCAGUUGAGUUUUUCAAAACUGAAGUUUCUAAUAUUCCUGGCGCAAGCUCCAGAAUUGGAGUCGGCCUAAUGCGGGGACCAAGAAACCCAAGAAGCAUCAUCAUGAUGUUCAGCGGCUUCUUCCUUCUGAAGGCUCUUCUUGCUCUUGGGCCUCUGGCAUGCUGCGUGACUGCAGCUGAGCAUGUGAAAGAAGGAGAAUGUCCUUUUGAUAAGAACCCAUGCAAAGAGCUAUGCCAGGGUGACGAGUCAUGCCCAGCUGGGCAGAAGUGCUGCAGCACAGGCUGUGGUCGGGUCUGCCGAGGAGACAUUCCUAAGGGGAGGAAAGGAGAUUGUCCCAGGGUUGUCCAGAAACAGUCCUGUUUCAAAAGGUGCACCAGUGACGAGUCAUGCCCAGGUGUAAAGAAGUGCUGCACGUUUGGCUGCAAGAAGCGCUGUGUGGUUCCAGUCGCUCAUCAGAAGCUGGGGUUUGGUGGUGAAUGUCCUGCCGACCCCCUUCCAUGUGAGGAGCUGUGUGAUGGUGAUGCAUCCUGUCCCCAGGGGCAGAAAUGUUGCAGCACUGGCUGUGGCCACACCUGCCGCGGAGAUAUUAAGGGAGGACGAGGUGGUACUUGUCCAGAUGUUCUGGUGGGCCUGUGUAUUGUUAAUUGCAUGAUGGAUGAAAAUUGUCAAGCUGGGGAAAAGUGCUGCAAGUCAGGCUGCGGACAUUUCUGUGUCCCGCUAGUCCUGCCACCCAAACACACCGUGAACUCCAACUGGACAAUCCCGUCUGAUUCUGAAAUAAAAACCCCAGUGCCUUAGCUGCCUGAUUUGUCCGGAGAUCUUUAGUGACUCCAGAGAGCUUGUCGUGGCAGCCCAGCGAGGGUGAUGCCUUGGGGCUUGUCACAGUCCCAGCCUUCUCUGCUCUGCUUCUCCCCCUGCUGCAGCCUGGAGCAUUGGAACAGCCCUGGUUGGGUAGUAGAUGUCAGUGCUUCUCUUCUCCAAUAAAGGCUGGUGCUAACCCU